AGUCAAGUCACAUGCACAGCAAGGACAGCAGCAGAGGCAGCACAAGGAGGAGUCAGAUUACAGUAAGAAUGGGCAGUGCAGGAGCCGGAGUAGAUCAGACAGGGGAUUGACUGCCGAGGCUGCACAGCCCUCACAGCGCCGCACAUGACUGGAGCAAUGACUGUGCUGCUGCUGCUGCUGCUGCCGGGGGAUUCUCCACUCACUGUCGCUGCACAAUGAAAGAUCCCUGUGUGACAAGUCAGCCCCGGACAGGAGUUACUUCACAAUAGUCAGCGGCUGGGCUUGCCAUUGGGAAUGAGAAACAUCAUGUAUUUUGGAGGUACAUGCCAUAGUCCUGCACUCUCAGCACUGAUCCGCCCUCCACUACCAGCAUUACAGACACCGCUGGAUAUUAAGCAGUUCCUUCCAUUUAAUUUGGAUGGGGGUGCAACGGUAAAUCUGUUACAGAACUUCACAACAAUGGACCCAAUUCAAAAAGCAGUGUUAAAUCACACAUUUGGGGUUCCUUUGCUACAACGAAGAAAGCAAAUCGCACCAUGCAAUAUUUGCCAGCUGAAAUUUAAUUCGGAAAGCCAGGCUACAGCCCACUUUAAAGGAACAAAACAUGCCAAGAAACUUAAAGCACUGGAAGCCAUGAAAAAUAAGCAAAAAUCUGCUGCUACCAAGGACAUUGCAAAGACUAUCAUCACAUCCUUCCCUACUAAUACCAUGAAUGGUAUCUCUGAGAAAACAGGGGUACCGGCAAUAUCAACGAGCACCACGCUAGAGAUCCGAAAAAUCAGUGUUAUGACAAUGGAUAGCAGUUCCACGGUUGACAAGAAAAUAACCCUUCUUACAAGCAGCAGUAUGUGCCCUUCAGUAGAGACAGAGGAGGAAAAGGCUAAGAGACUGCUCUACUGUUCACUAUGCAAGGUUGCCGUAAACUCUGCCUCCCAGCUGGAAGCACACAACAGUGGAACGAAGCACAAAACUAUGGUGGAGGCUCGAAGUGGAUGUGGAACAAUUAAAGCCUUUCCACGAACAGGAAUAAAAGGCAAAGUACUCAUUAACAAGGGAAGCACUGGCUUACAAAACAAAACUUUUCACUGUGAAAUAUGUGAUGUUCACGUUAAUUCUGAAACACAGCUUAAACAGCACAUUAGCAGUAGAAGGCACAAAGACAGAGCCGCUGGGAAGCCUCCAAAGCCAAAAUAUAGUCCAUAUAAUAAACUUCAGAAGUCAUCUAAUCCAGUUGCGACAAAAUUAGCUUUCACAAAACAACGUCUAAAGCCAUUGACUCCUCGCAUACUACCAAAUCCAUUGGCAGCCAUUGCUGCUGCUGUUGCUAUGAAUUCUUCCUUCAGUCUGCGAAGCACUCCGGCAGCGACCCUAUUCCAGUCUCCAGCACUUCCAUCAGCACUUCUGCGACCGGCUCCGGGACCUAUACGGACCACUCACACUCCUGUUUUGUUUGCUCCUUACUGAACUUCAAGCAGGGACUGUUUUUCUGCAAUAAUGAUUUUUUUUUUUCAAAAAACAAGACAAACAAAAAAGAACUAUGCAGUGCUUAUUUAUAAAUCAAAAUAGUUUUGAGCCAGAGGAUAAAUUGGUCUUAAAUAAGAAAGGUCCUAUUUUUAUUAACAGAAAGUAUUCCAUAAUGUGCAGUUUUUCUGUUGCUCACAUGAUGUGCCCUUUCCCUUAUAUAAACUUAUUUCCCUGUCAGUGUCUUUCCUGUUUUAUAAAGUAAUAACCAUUUUUUCAGGGUUUUUUUCUCGUUGCUAAGACCAUAAUCAAGAGCCAAUGUACAUACAGGACUUCUUUCUGUACUUACAAAAAAAACACACUGUGAAAUGUACAUUGACCAAACUUCAUGCCAAUUAGAAACCAUUGGGUAUUUGCCAUUUUAUUUGAUUCUGUGGAUGUCUUGUAAAACAUUUGUGCUGUGUCUCACUCAUAUUGAGUUGCUAACAACACUGCAAAUUAUUAUAAUAUUAAUUGUGUUCAUUUGGAGAGCAGCUAAUGAAUGAGUGGAAUUUUAUAGCAAAGGCUUUGUGGUCAGUGAAGUGAAAACCAUGUAUUUGCUCAACAGGAAGUGUGUGCCAUAUUGGAAAGAAGACUUGGAAGAGUAUUCUUGCAUAUUCAUUGCAUAAAUAUGUAUUAGCACAUUAUAGGCUAGUGUGGAGUGGAUCAAAUUCAGUACUCCGUGUGUCGUAUCUACAGUUUGUAUACAAGCACUUUUCUUAACAUUAAGAGGAAUUCUUUUUAUUUUUUGUUUACUUUGAACAUGGGAAUCUAGUAGUUGCAGUCAGUGCUAGAACUAUGGGUAGGCUGAUGAGGCACAUGUAAGGGCGCAAAGUUCUGAAAGUUCUGUUCCUCCAGUGAGACUGUUUAUGUCUAUUCUGUAUGCCUUUCCGCACGUGUGUGCUCAUUUGCACUCAAGUCGGGAGUGGAAGGCGACACGACCAGCUGGGUUGCCUAGGGUGCCCAGCACUGGUUGCAGUACAAAGCAGUGCUCAUGUUGACUCUCAGGAUGUCAAUAGGUAGACUAACUGGGACGUGUUGGUGCAAGAGCUAUCUGAGCCUUAUAUCUUUAUGGGGCAGGCACUGGGCUCUGUAUCAUAAAUAUGUGGCACAUGUUUCUAGUGGUAACAUCCUGCCUGCGUUAAAAAUUAUGGGGCAAAUUCACUAAAGGGCGAAUUUUCGCCUGCGUUGGCUUUGCCACUCUUCAUGCCACCAGGCACUAAUUCACUAAAAUGCGAAGUUGUGUCUCUGCAGCCAAAUACUGGCGAAGUUUCACUAAUGUUAAUUUGUCAGCAGGAAAAUUUCUUAGCGAACUUUUGCUAACGUUCGUUUCUGCCUAGCAAAUCUUCAUUAGUAGUGAUGGGCGAAUUUAUUCGCCAGGCGCGAAUUUG